GGCAGGCUUAAAAGUGGGGAACUGUCUCCGCAGUUUACGUUUUUGCCAUGGAGGCGAACGGGUCGGGACCCCAGUGCUUUCCGGAGCUGAAGAAUGACACGUUCCUGCGAGCCGCCUGGGGAGAAGAAACAGACUACACUCCCGUUUGGUGCAUGCGGCAGGCAGGCCGUUACCUACCAGAAUUUAGGGAAACCAGGGCUAACCAGGACUUCUUCAGCACCUGUCGCUCUCCUGAGGCAUGCUGUGAACUGACUCUCCAGCCAUUGCAACGCUUCCCUCUGGAUGCUGCCAUCAUCUUCUCUGACAUUCUUGUGGUACCUCAGGCAUUGGGCAUGGAAGUGACCAUGGUACCUGGCAAAGGACCCAGCUUCCCAGAGCCAUUAAGAGACGAGCGGGACCUAGAGCGUCUGCGGGAUCCAGCAGUAGUGGCCUCUGAGCUAGGCUAUGUGUUCCAAGCCAUCACCCUUACCCGAAAGCGGCUGGCUGGCCGUGUGCCACUGAUUGGCUUUGCUGGUGCCCCGUGGACUUUGAUGACAUACAUGAUUGAGGGUGGCGGCUCAAACACUAUGGCUCAGGCCAAGCGCUGGCUCUAUCAAAAACCUCAGGCUAGUCACCAGCUGCUUCGUAUCCUCACUGAUGCUCUGGUACCAUAUCUAGUAGGACAAGUGGCUGCUGGUGCCCAGGCGUUGCAGCUCUUUGAGUCCCACGCAGGGCAUCUUGGCCCACAGCUCUUCAACAAGUUUGCACUGCCAUACAUCCGUGAUAUAGCAAAAAGAGUAAAAGCCGGGCUGCAGAAAGCUGGCCUGGCACCAGUACCCAUGAUCAUCUUUGCUAAGGAUGGACAUUUUGCCCUAGAUGAGCUGGCCCAGGCUGGCUAUGAGGUGGUUGGGCUUGAUUGGACAAUGACCCCAAAGAAAGCCAGGGAGCGUGUGGGGAAGACAGUGACCUUGCAGGGCAACCUGGAUCCCUGUGCCCUCUAUGCCUCUGAGGAGGAGAUCGGGCAGCUGGUACAGCAGAUGUUGGAUGACUUUGGACCACGACGCUACAUUGCCAACUUAGGCCAUGGACUUUACCCUGACAUGGACCCAGAACAUGUGGGUGCCUUUGUGGAUGCUGUGCACAGGCAUUCACGUCUACUUCGAAAAAACUAAGCAUACAUUUUUCCUCUUAAGUACCUUGAAUACAUAUGAUUAUUUCUAGGAGAAUAAAAGUUUCAGAACUA